AUGUCGGACGCCACCAACACUGAGCAGCCCUUCAAGGUCGCCGUGCCAGACGAAGAUCUCCAGUUCCUCAAGAAGAAGCUCGAGCUCGUUCGCUUCCCUGACGAGCUCGAUGGUGCAGGAUGGGAUUACGGCGCACCCCUCGCUGACGUCACGCGGCUGACGACAUAUUGGAAGACCGCGUUCGACUGGCGGAAGGCCCAGGCCGACAUCAACAAGCUCCCGAUGUUCACACGCGACAUCGAGGUGGAGGACUUUGGCUCGCUCAACAUACACUACAUCCAUCAAAGGAGCGACGUCAAAGGCGCAAUCCCCCUGUUGUUCGUUCACGGAUGGCCUGGUCAUUUCCUUGAAGUCAGGAAGCUCCUACCCCUUUUGACGGCUGGCGCCGGGAGUGAUCAACCGAGCUUCCAUGUUGUCGCACCAAGCCUGCCCGGCUUCGGUUUUUCUGAGGCGCCACAUAAGCCUGGAUUCGCAGCACGCCAAUAUGCUGAGGUGCUCAAUAAGCUGAUGCUGGCCCUCGGAUACGACGAAUAUGUGUACCAGGGAGGUGAUUGGGGACAUGUUCUCGGAGGGCACACAGCAGUCUACUACGGACACAAGCACCUCAAAGCAUGGCACACUAACAUGCCCUUGUACGUUCAUCCUGCGCCGCCAGCGUUCACGAAGUUCCCACUGCUGUAUAUUCAGUCCCUCCUUGCGCUCACGUUCGAUCAGGAGUCCAAAAGCAUACUCGCUAAAUCGGCCAAAUGGUCGGCUGGCGGGAGGGGCUACUACGUCCAACAGGCGACUCGUCCACAGACUCUGGGAUACUCUCUCGCAGACUCCCCCGUUGGCCUUUUAGCUUGGAUAUACGAGAAGCUCGUGGAUUGGUCGGACAACUAUCCCUGGACAGACGACGAGGUGCUUGAAUGGGUUUCCAUCUACUGGUUCUCGCGGGCUGGAGCGACCGCGUCAACUCGGAUCUACUACGAAAUGUCCAACCUAGCCAAAGGAGCCAUCUCCGCCCGGCCGGCUUGGACCAGCGUCCCUCUCGGACUAUCAUAUUUCCCUGGAGAAAUCGCUCGUGUUCCUAAAAUAUGGUCGCACACUAUCGGCAAUCUCGUCUUCGAGUCCGAAGAGCACGACAAGGGUGGACACUUUGCGGCCUCCGAGGUACCGGAGAAGCUCGCGGGAGACCUACGCAAGAUGUUUGGCAAGGGCGGACCGGCCUACGGCGUUGUACCGGGGAAGAAUGGGUACGAUGCAUGA